CCCCCCUCCGCCCCCCCAUCCUCCCCCCGCGUCCGACCAGCGGUUCUCCUUUGCUCUCCGGGUGAUGUAACGCUCUCUCUGACAGAGCGGGUUCGGACGGAUCCCCUGAAGCGCUCGCAUUCUGCGUGCACAUCGCCAGCAGACGCGCGUAUUCCGACGGCGAGCGAGCGAGCGACGAGCCCGCGCCUCCUCCGGUUCCAGCGGUCCUCCGGGUCUCCGGGAGGGACCUUUUUUACGCAGCGCUCAGCGGGACGCUCCUCGAGCGCCGGUGCAGUCAUGUGGCAGAGGAUUCACAUUUGUUGGGCGCUGUUUGCACUGUAUUCAGCGGCACCGCCUGCACACAUCAACCGCCUGGCGCUGUUCCCUGACAAGAGCGCCUGGUGCGAAGCCAAGAACAUCACACAGAUAGUCGGGCACACGGGUUGUCAGCCUCGCUCUAUUCAAAACAGAGCCUGUCUGGGUCAGUGUUUCAGUUACAGCGUCCCCAACACGUUCCCACAGUCGACCGAGUCCCUGGUGCACUGUGACUCCUGCAUGCCUGCCCAGACGCAGUGGGAAGUGGUGACCUGGAGUCCCGGCAGCGAGAAGUCUCCUCAUGUGGAUAAGCUAGUAGAGAGGAUCUUCCACUGCAGCUGCCAGUCCUGCAGUAAAGAGAGUGGCGAGGAGGGAGCGGUGAUGCAGCUGUACUCAGCCGACAACGUGCUGGACGCCCCGUCUUUAUCUGACGUGCUCGCCGAUGCUCAGUCUCACCCUCCGCCCCCCUCAGACACACACCCCAAAAAGCACGUUCACGCACACACAGACCAUCACACACUACCGCACACAUCAGAUGGAGGAUAGGGUACGACUUGUUUCUAGCACUUUGCUCAUCUCUCCUUCCUCCUUCCUCCCCGCAACCUUUGUACCAAUCGGUAGUAUUGUAAAGGCACUUUGAAAAUAUGGCUUCAGGUCAGUCAAAAGGUUUCUCUAAAAGCAUGCGCGCACACACACACACACACCCACACACACACACAUAGACUCUCUUUCUCUAUCUUUAUCUCACAAAGUCAUGCUGUCAGAUUAAACUCUAUCGUAUAUCAACUCGUGCAAACACACCCGUCUAUCACUCUUUUCGUGGUUUUUUGACUUAACAAGCAAAUGUGUGCAUCCAGACGGUACAUGUCUGUUAAUAAUCCGUCUCAUUACUUUCUAUCCGCUUAAAUGCAAUAAAUUCUAUUGUUGGGAUAAAUG